AUGGACCCCUACUCGACCGAAGGUGAAUUAAUCAACAUUCACAACCAUUUCCACCAGGGCCAGUAUCAGGAAGUCAUUGACUUUGAUACCUCUUCCUUCUCCCCUGACAACGCUCUGCCCGCGCGCAUUCUCGUCCUUCGAGCUCGAUUAGCUCUCGGACAGGCAGAAGAUGUUCUCGAUGAUGUGAAGGGUGAUCCUCAGCCUGAGCUCCAGGCUCUGGGUGCUCUUGCUCAGUUCAACUUGGGCAAGGCCGAUUCUGCGGUGGAGACGAUCGAGAAGCUGGCCUCUUCAGCUGCCGACAACACAACGGUCCAGGUUAUCGGUGGAACGGUUCUCCAAGCUGCCGGAAGAUCUGAAGAGGCUCUUGCUCUUCUCACUCAACAUCAGGGAAGCCUCGAUGCUGUCUCUCUUAUCGUCCAGAUCCAUCUGCAACAAAACCGAACCGACCUCGCCCUCAAAGAAGUAUCUGCCGCAAGGCGAUGGGCUCAAGAUAGUCUCUUGGUCAACUUGGCCGAGUCGUGGGUUGGAUUAAGAGUCGGUGGUGAGAAGUACCAGCAGGCGUUCUACGUCUUUGAGGAGCUUGCCCAAGCUCCCUCGACCUCAUCAGUUCGAAGUCUUGUCUCGCAAGCUGUCUGCGAAUUGCACCUCGGCCGAACAGAAGAAGCCCAAGCUGCUCUUGAACAGGCCCUGGAGAAGGACGCUAAUAAUGCCGAUGCGAUUGCCAAUCUGCUGGUUCUCAAUGUCAUUUCCGGUAACCAGUCCGAUGAAUUCGCGCAGAAGUUGAAGAGCGUCAAGCCUAACCAUCAAUACUUGGCCGACUUGGAAGAGAAGAGCGCUCUUUUUGAUAAGGCUGCCACAAAGUAUAGCCCCAAGGUGUCGGCAUGA